AUGUUGGUGCUGUAUCUACAAACACCUGCUCAAACAAAUACACAAAAACCCAAACCCAACAUCAACGCUACUUACAUGCGCUUCGCGUCAUGGAAUGUCCGAACAAUGAGGACAGGCUUUCCGAACACCUGUGGGUGUUUCGAUUGCGCCCAAGACCUACGCAAAACUUAUAAUAUCGACAUCGAACUCAAAAGGCUCAACGUCGAUAUCGCGGCCUUACAAGAGACCAGAAUCGAAGACGAGGGGUCUAUACGCGAGGCGAACUACACUUUUUUCUGGAAGGGCAAGAGUUCGACAGAGAACCGUGAGCAUGGUGUAGGAUUUGCGAUCCGUAAUCACCUACUAAACGCUACAGAGACACCUAUUGGUGUGUCUGAGCGUAUUAUAAUCUUGCGUCUUAACACAAAGUGCGGCUUUGUCACUCUUAUUUCCGCUUACGCUCCGACGCUCAAUUCCACAUCUGAGAACAAAGAUCAAUUCUACGACCGGCUCGAGGAAACGCUUCGUAGGGUACGCUCAAUAGACAGACUUUACAUCUUGGGAGACUUUAACGCUCGCGUCGGCCAGGAUACCACCGCUUGGCCUGAAUGCCUUGAUGCAAAUGGUGUAGGUAAGCAAAACCGGAAUGGUCAGAGAUUGCUGGAGUUUUGCUCCAGGCACCAGUUGUGUGUAACCAACACUUUUUUCAAGGGCAAAUUGAUGCGGAAAGUCUCCUGGAGGCACCCCCGAUCGAAACACUGGCACCAACUGGACCUUGUCCUUAACAAAGUGACCUACGGGACGUACAAGUACCUGACGACAAAGGGACCUACAGGAAACUCUCCAUACGCGGGCUUUAUGAAAAGCACUGACUGCGACACUGAUCACAGCCUCGUGUCAUCCAAAGUGCGGCUUGUCCCAAAGAGAAUCCACUCCUCAAGGCUCUCGGGUCGUAAAAGGAUUAACCUUUUUAACACUCGGGACCCGGAUGCAGUGGCGAGUUUCGGGGCCUUGGUUAACACGGAAGUUGCUACA